UAUAUUUCAGUUGCAAUAAUUAGUAUGACAAUCUAUAUUACGAUUACACAAUGGUUACACGAUACAAUGUAAAAAUUUAUUAAAAGGAAGAAAAAUAUAAAUAUUUUUUAUAAAAGAAAAUCUUGAUGAUAAAAAUUAAAUAACAAUGAAUGUUAUAGCAAAAACUGUGUUUAUGCUAAAGAUGACUACUUCUAUUUGCAAAAUGUAUAAAAGGCCAUUUACAGUAUGUAUAGAAGGUAAUAUAGGAAGCGGGAAAACUACAUUUUUAAGUCAUUUCAAAGAAUUUAACAAUACUACAGUUCUACAAGAACCAGUAGAACUUUGGCGAAAUGUUGGUGGAACAAAUUUAUUGGAAUUAAUGUAUACAGAUCCUAAACGUUACAGUUUUUUAUUUCAAUCUUAUGUACAAUUGACAAUGUUACAACUCCAUACUUAUAAAUCUUUAAUGCCUUAUAAAAUCAUGGAAAGAUCAGUGUUUAGUUCAAGAUGUUUUAUAGAAAAUAUGAAACGUAAAAAAUUGUUACAUGAUGUAGAAGUAGUGAUUUUGGAAGAUUGGUAUGAUUGGUGUAUAGAAAAUGCUGAUAUAGAAACAGAUUUAAUAGUUUAUUUGAGAACAUCACCAGAUGUUGUAUAUCACAGAAUGAAAACAAGAGCAAGAAAAGAAGAAAGCCUUGUAUCAUUAGAAUAUUUAAAACAACUUCACAAUAUUCAUGAUGAAUGGCUUUAUUAUCAAACAUUAUUCACUGUUCCAGCACCAGUUAUAGUAUUAGAUGGAAACAAAAAUUUAGAAGAGAUGGUUAAAGAAUUUGAAAAUUGUAAAGAUCAGAUUUAUGGUAAAAAAGAAACAGAAAAAAAUUAAACGAAAGUAUUGCAUCUUUGCUAAUGCAUUUCUUAUUAAUGCAGAAUAAUGAAAUAGAAUAUUUAAUUGAAAAACUGUAAAUUAUGGUUUAAUUUAAGAAAAAUUUUUGGUAUUAUAAUAGAAUUCCGAUUAUCUGAAAUAAUCCAAUUAAUUGACAGAUUUGGUCUGACUAUUUUUUAGCAAUUAUUGCGAUUCAUAUUUUCAUAAAUAAAAAAAGUCAUAGCCAUGUGCAUUUAGCAGUGACAUCGAUACUAAAUAAUUGAUGAAGGAUUCAUCAAUGUUUUUUAACAUAUAUAUUAUGUAAAUAUUGUAAUUCGUAACUGUUUUUAACGUAAUAAUACGCUUAUACACAAAUAUUAUUAACAACUUUAUUCUUUUAUUAAUUCUAAUUCAGAUUUAAGAGAGUGUAUUAUAUUUUACACAUAAUUUUUUUUACAAUUGUUCAUAGAUUGUAUUUUAAGAUAUGAAAAUCACUAUCAAUAAUAAUGAAGUAUAAAUAAUAACAAAGAAAAUAAUAAUAUAAUUAAUAUCUAAAAUUAUAAUAAAUAUCCGGCAUAUUUGAUUAUUCAGUAUUGUCUCAAUUCUAAACAUUCUAUUGUAUUAUUUUUUAAUUAAAUAUUUUUAUUAAAUUGUGAAUAUUUUUAAAUAUUCAUGAAAUAUUAACUUUGAGAUCGGAUAUAUCUCGGAUCGGUUUAUGCUAAGUUUAAGUGUUUUGAAAUGUCUCUAUGUCUCUAUGUAUCAAUUACAAUAAUAUGAUAAAAAAUAUAAAUAUAUAAAUUUCAUUUUUAAAAUUC